GUAGAUUUAGCUUUAUAAAUGACGGUAAAAGUACCUACUUCUAAGCCUUUACCCUGGAAAAAAGGACAAAGUUGCGUUAGUAAUCCUGUUACUGCCACUCAUCGUGAAGCAGCAAGGGAGCUUUAUAAAUUUAACUUUUUGGAUUCUGAUUGUUUAAGCGCGACAACAUUUGCAACCGAGAGGAGCAAGAUAUCUCAAGUCUCAAGAGUUUCAAGAGCGACGACUUCAAGCCGAAAAACCGAAAGAUUUCCUAACACAACUGGUAAUACUUCUUUGAAAGAAGCUCAACUAGAAGAGACACUUGCUAAAAGUACUGAAUUAACAGAUGCCGAAGAGGUUAAAGGAACUUUACAAGAUGUAUUUGAAAUUGUUUUUCGUUUUGUGAAUUCUCCGUUGGCUUCUCAUCGCAAGCUCUGUGCUAUUUUGCAGUGCGUAAGAGACGUUAUAGGAAGUCAGAAAGAGCAGAAUGAAACAGCUUAUUAUGCUCUUUUCUUAAAUCUUUUAGAAAAAAGAAGCAAAGUUGUUGAAGAUGAACCCACCUUAGCGGCCCUUUCCUAUUUAUUAUCUCUCGUGGUCGAUAGAACCCCUACAGAAGUUUUACUGCAAACCUUUCCGCGUUGUUCACAAGUUGUUACGGAAACAUUUCAAAUUCAUCAGAAAGGAUCAACUUCUUUGUUAAAAUCAUUGGUUCAUAUUUUGCGCGGGUUACUUGUAGCACAGAACUCCGAAAGUUGGAAGCACGUUAAGACAAAAGGAGUUUUUAAACUUCUUGUAGAAUUAGCUUUGAGCCCCCGUCCAAAACUGAGGCGGAAAGCACAGGACUCGAUUUAUAAAAUUCUUUCUACACCCUUUGUGGAUUUUCAAAAAGAGCAUCCAAUAGCGUCCUUUCUUUGGCGAAAUAUCUAUAAAAAACUUUUAUUAGGAUUUUCCGGCGAAGAUACCAAAUUAAUUCAUAAUUUAACCCUUUUACAGAGCGUAGUAGAGUUUUUACCUUCUCAGGUUGGAUUUUUUGUGAACUUUUAA